AAUUAUUCACCAUUGCCGUCUAGUCCACAUGUUUUUUCCAAUUUGCAGAGGCUGCACAAUUUCGCUAUAAUUGAUACCUUACAUUUUUAUAGGCAUACACGUCAAAAAAUUUAUGAAUUUGUACAUUUCCAAAAAUACACACUGCUGCUUCCUAUUUAUCAUAUGUGUUAGCAGAUUGUUAGCUUGAUAAGUACCAACGUGUUCUACUUCGACGACCGUGGAAAAUCACCACCCAACAUGGCUUGCUACAUCCCAGUCAGGCAACUUUCAACAGUUGGACAGGUGGAGGUGGGCAUCGAAUACCAGCACCUGCACGAUGAGAGUGGAUACGUGCUAGAGGGUAGAGACCGCAGAGACUAUGCCACCUCCAGUGACGUCAUGCUGAAGAAGGAGCAGAAGGAUGUGGAGCUGGAUAAAAAGAUUGAGGCUCUCCGCAGGAAGAAUGAAGUCCUCAUGAAGAGGUACCAGGAGGUAGAGGAGGACAAAAAGAGAGCGGAGGAGGAAGGAAUGGCACUGCAGAGCCCCAAGGGCAACGCAGGGGACUUGACCAUCACCAUCAACAAGUCUACCACCGAGGCUCGUGUUGUGAUGACGAAACCAGGCACGGGUGGUUCUCCCACCCCAAAGGGGGUCCAGGAGCUUGGGGAGAGGGAGGCGGAGGGGAACCUGUUGGGCUCAGGACGGGGCAGGAGGAAGCAGCUACUGGUCACCAUGGCUGGCAACACAAAGGGUAAGAGGGUGGUGAGUGAGAGGCUGGAGAGAAGACCAGGUCCCCCCGGUCUGCUGAAUGUGAAGAGCCUUACAGAGGAUGGCUUGCACCAGUACCUUGUGGAAUCAGCAGGCAGAGGAAAACACCAGCACACUAACGCAGCAAAGAAGGACACGGGACCACAGGUUGAAGGGGGGCAGGGAAAGGGUGUGACAGAGGAGCGUCACUGGCUGUCAGAGUGUGAGCCUUACUACCAGAAGUCUGAGGGGCCAGGCCUGGCAGGUGACACAGACCUCACCAUCCCCACGUCCAAAGAGGAGCAGCAGGAGUACCUGCGCUGGAAGAAGGAGCGUGAGCAGAUAGACCGGGAGCGUGUGGCCCGCCACAGAAAUGCCAAUGGCCAGUGGAGGCGGGCAUGGGACAUGGACAAAACAGAGAAUAUGUUUUCAGAUAAAUCUCCGGAGGAGAGAGUACAGGGGCCUCCAGAUAGAGGAGGAAGAAAUGCAAGAAGAGGUCACCCCAAAUCAAAUCCUGAAUCACGGGUUCAGCAACCACGGGGCAGAGACAAGGGGGUUAAAAAAGUGCCCGUGGUCAGCAGUAAAGCCAAGGGCAAGGAUCGGCUGACUGGGAGGGCCAGGAGAUGGGAUGCCAGCGAGGAUGGGGAUGAUUUGCAGGCCUCCGAGACAAGUUUGGAGGAAUUCUUAGAAGAGCUUGAUGCUUUGGGUGGACCUGACGUAGACGACUCCACUGCAGAAACUCCAGAGGUCAAAUAUGUUUACCUCAAAAUUGAGUCUUUCCUGACCCCGGAUGUGGUGAAGACUGAGGAGGUGAGUGGACCCGUCAAUCCUGCCCUGGACCAAGCCGACUGGCUUCAAGCCCCAGCCGACACCUCAGAGGAGGGUACACCCAGACAGGAGAAGGCUAAGGAAUUGUCCCCUCGAGCUGCAGAGAAGAAGGUCCGCUUCUCGGUGGAGCUCAAUGGGCCCGGGGCCUACGAGCAGACACCGGGGCAGGAAGGCUCUGAGCUUCCCGAUUCCUCCAAAACAGAAUGUGCUGAAAGCAGCCAUGACAGUGUGCUCACCCCUGUUUUUCCCACUUCACACAGCAAUGUCGAAGAUGCUACCCCUCCACAGGAGAAUGCUGUCCAGUCUUUAGAACACGCUAAGAGCAAUAGCAACAGAAAUACAGAGGAACUGAUUGACUCUAGUCUGUCUGUUCUGAGGCUGGAGUCAGGAGAGACUCACCCAACCCACACCACCAGCACUGACAAGGCAAGAGAAAAUGGGAAGAUUGUUUGAAGGACUUUCAACGUUUAUAUGAAUUGGUCAAUAUGUAAAACCAAAACAUGCUUAAGUAGAGAAUUUACCAUAAGCCUUUUAGUUUAAAGUGGAAAUCACAGCACUUUAACUACUUUGCAGAUAUGAAACAGACAAUCAUAAUAUCAGUCAAAAAUAUCACAUUUCCAGUUCAUGCUACAAAACCAACUUUAGAAGAGGUUUUAAAAAUAGGUUCUAUUUGACAAAAAAAUUAAUGACGUAAAGUAAGGCAUUGUUGGCAGAAUAGAUGGAUGCAGUUCAAUGCAUGAUUCAUAUAAUUUACCAAUACAUGUCUUAGUAGUCCAAAAAAUAUUGCUAUCAGCUUGUAAAUCACAGCUAGCCUGGUACAUUGUUUGCUGCCUCCAUUCGGGAUGCACUGUUUCAGUUUCAAUGACUCAAUAUUUUGUCCAAAAUAUUGACAAAUAUAGUUUAGGCUCGGAAUUGCAAUACAAUAGUGAUGGACAUUCAGAGUAUUUACUGUGAGUUGGCUAAUUUGGCUCCGUUCACUUAAAAGAGCUGGCUAAUUUGGCUCUGAAACAGCUUUGUUCCAACUGCUUAAAAACGGACUUUGAACCAUGAUUUUUAGAACCAAUCUCCAAUGUCAAGCCCAAAAAGUAGGCUACCAUUAUAUCAGAUCGGGAAAUUCGGAUUCAAAUAUAUUUUUACCUGGCCAAAUGUAUUAGAUUAUUAUUGGUUUAAGCACUGCAAAAAAUGAGUGUGGGCCUGAAUGUAUGCAUAGUUUUGGUAUAGUAGCAGUAUGCAAAUCAGGAAGCCAAACGUCUCAAUGCAAUUCGGUUCCCGAUAUUCACCAAAAAGUUAACGACCCAUCACUACAAUCAAACUAGCAA